AGUAUUCCACGCCCUUGCCAGUUUUCGUGUUGCCGCUGGCAUGGGCGCCGUCAUCACAGCGGGCUUCCACCCUUCUCUCUCUCUCGUUCUCCUCUUCGUCGACGCGACUUUGCACGGCCACGGCGCGCUAAACUAACACGUUGUGCAGCCGGUCCAACAGGUCGAAAUAGCAAGGAGCAAAGGAAAGGAAAAAUAAAUAAUAACAAUCCGGCACAAGUUCAGUGAGCCUGCUCUUUUCUCUCCCGCCUGCUCAUUACGGCAACAACGCUAGAGAAGAUUCCCCAAAACGCUCUCUUUUUUCUAAAUAUUCCAACGGUCUUUUCUGUUGACCCGCCACUCGAACUCCUCUCUUUCUGUUGCUUCCUUUCCAGUUGAGAUCACCCGUGCUUUUACAGUUUUCUUUUGCUGCUGACAUUGCUUCUUCUCUGUCCCUCACUAUUUGUUUGGCCGCUUCUUUUUUUUUGUUUUGUUUUACAAACAGGAUUACGUGUCAUCUAAACAUUUCACCUUGCCCCAGUGUAUACAUAUAUAUAAUUCGCUUGCCUUUCAUGAGAGCAGCGAAUAGCCUGCGUUGGCUAUUCAUACAGUCACAGUCGCCACCUCCUAUACUUUACAGCUGUAACAUAAAUCCCCUUCGCCUUUACAUAUAUGCCAUACACACCCUUCUAUACAUAAACUGCUUCACAUAGAACUAUCCUACCUCUCACCGCAAACGCGUACGCCACGUGUGUCGCCACUUUUGCUCAGGACACUCUUCCCCUUUCUCCUUGUUUUUUGCCUUCGCAUUUCUUGUUUCCUCCUUCGCAAGUUGGCCCACGUCACUUUAAGCGUCGCGCAUAGAAUACUACGUCGUUGCUUGAGGGACUCUGCCAAUCUUCUUUGUUUUUUAAAGCACGCAACAUCAACACACCUGUAGCACUCUGCAUUAUUGUUUUUUAAGCUGCCUUGCAACGAUGGAAGACGAGAGCUCCACCAAAGCCGUGACGCUUCUCCCAUCUACACACACCGUGGCACCGCCGUGCGUAACACCACCACCCACCACAGCGACCAUCACCGCCCCUGCUACUACUGCUAAAACUACUGCAAGCGGUUCGGCUCCCUCCUUCUCCCCUGUUUCAGUCACAAACAGCGUCGUGUUCCACCCUGCGCAGUCUACGCCGGAGGGAUUUCCACAGUGUCCCCCACAAUCACCACCGCCGCCGACGGAACCGUCGCAGUCGAUGGCCCACGCGUUGGCAUCCAACGCCGCCAGCGGCGAGUCGGACAGCAACGAUGAGCAGCCCCUCUUUCAGUGCCCGCAGAUGUCGACGCCGUCGCUGGUGUUGCAGGCGAGGCCGCCGUGGUGUGCGGUGAGCGUGACGCCGCCCUCUGCGCUUCGUGGCGGUGCGGGCCGUACGAGCAACGGCAAUGGCGCCAACGGUCUCUUCCCUGCGUCUGCCCUUCACGCCGAGUUCGCCAGCAACUCGACAGGCCAGAGCAUCUCUCUCGGCCGCGACCUCUCCAACCACCACCCUCCCACGUCCGUCCCAAAACAGCAGCGCUCGACUGGUGCGGCCACGAAUACGGUGCGGUCGGCGAUCCCGGUGACCUACGUGGACAGCAGCAACAGCGAGUCGAUCUCCAACGCCAGCGUUGGCACCGCGGGCCGCGUGGGCGGUCUCCACGGUGGUCCGCACACUAACGCCGUCGGUGCGCACCGGUCUCUUUUCCGGUCUGUCGCCCCGGUGGGCAGCGCUGUGCCGGCGUCCCCGGUCGUCGUGGGACCCUCGCGAUGGGGCCAGCGUCUGCAGGGCGACGAUAGCGGCAGCGCGGUGACACCUCGCACCCCCAUAACCCCCGCCCUGGCCGGAGACGCCGUGCUCGUGAUGGAGCCGCCGACGCCGGCGAAGCAGCGUCGCACCAUCCACAUCGGUGCGACGGCGGGAGGCAGUGACGGCGGUGGCUACGCGAAUUUUGGUCCGCGUCUGUCGACCACCACCACCACUUCGGCUGCCAGCACGAACCCCUACUCUUCGCUGGGUGCCUCUGCUGCAGCAGCGGUAGUUAACGGUGCUGGUGCGGCUUCUCCUCCGAAGGCACCAACCCGCACGAUGGGCCUGCUGUGUCUGCCUCCAACCUCGCCUUCGCUGCCGCGCGCCACAACACCGUCCACCACCAGUGGGGCUGCCGCUGCGGCGGCUCCGUCGUUGUCCUUUAAGUUCCACAAACGCGAGGGCAGUCGCAAGCGGUCGGCAGAUGUGCUGUCGCAGUUCAGCGCGCUAGACCUGGACGAGACGCCCGCGACGCCGUACGGACAGACCGUCGCGAACGGUCGCUUCAACAGCCUGGGCGGUGGAACGAACAACCACCACAGCAGCAGCGUCUUUCCCUCGCAGCCCUCCGCGUCGAUGGCGGUGUUGCGCGGGGCCACCACCUUUUGUCCUGCCUCGCCGCUCAUCGGCGGCUACGCGACGCCGGUGACGCUGUCGCAGCAGAUCGGCGGGUCGAACACCUUCUCGCAGAUGUUGCUGCACCCCUCGCAGGACGGGCUGGACAUGUCCCAGGCGGACACGGAGUGCUCAAACUUUCUGGCGCGUCGUAUUGUGAACGACUACAACGAGGUGCGGCUGCUGGGCCGCGGCUCCUUCGGCACCGUGUCGCUGUACAAGGAGAUAAGCUCCGGUGAUUACGUCGCCGUGAAGGUAUCGCCGCCGCUGCGUGCGGCUGACAUGGAGCGCCGCUACCGCCGUGAGCGAUCCAUCAUGGGGAUGGCGCGUGGGAUGCCGCACGUGGUGCAGCUCUCCGCCGCCUGGGCAGAGGGGCGGGUGCCGCGCAUGUAUCUGCAGUUGGAGUACUGCCCCGGUGGUUGCCUCGCUGCCUUGGCCAGCGCGAAGCAGCGCCGCCACGAGCCGUGGGCGGAGGAGGAGGUGAAGGUGUUCCUUGUGCAUAUGAGCAUCGCACUGGAUGCGCUGCACCGCGCCAACAUCGCCCACGUCGACUUCAAGCCGGACAACGUGCUGAUCGACAAAAACGGCGCGUACAAGCUGUCGGACUUCGGUUGUAGUGUGCUGCUCGACGACAACGGGCGUCCGCGGGCGGAGACGCAAAACGGCUACGAGACGUCCACCUCCCCGAGCGGCAAGGCGCAACCGCAGCCGCACCUCGCCCAGCAAGGAAGGGGUGGUGGAAAGAGCGGCAACAACGCGGACAACAACGGCCAUGGCAGCCCAGCGAGCAAAAAGGACGCGGCGGAGAUCAACGCCGUCGUGACCGACUUCAAUUGGAACGAAGUGAACGAGACGAGCACGGCGAGCGUGGACGAGGGCGACUGCCGCUACCUCUGCGCGGACAUGCUGAACGAGAAGAAGUACUUCAAGGCGGGCGACAUGUUCUCCCUCGGCAUGUCGCUGUACGAGUUGAUGUCCGGUCAGCCCCUCCCCCGCAACGGCGAUCAGUUCCUCGCGCUGCGGCGGCAGGUGCCGGUGGAGAUGCUGCGCCGGCGUGGGUACUCGCCUGCCCUCGUGAAGUUGGUGGCGGCGCUGCUGCACAGCGACCCCACGCAGCGGCCCACCGCGCGGCAGGUCUUGCAGUACCUCCGGCCCUCAGCCGCGGAGCUGCAGCUGCUGGCGGACCCCUCUGCGAUGCAGCAAUGGACAACCAGCGCGGACACCUUCACCGCCCUCCAGGAACAAAAACAGCACGAAAGUGAUCAGCGCAGCGACGACACCGCCAUCCCACGCGCGACCGGCGCGGCGCUGCGGUACGUGAGCGCUCUCAUGGAGGGGUCGAGCUGGCUGCUGACGACGACCCAGCAAGACGUCCACCGUGCCCUUGCGAAAACCACUGCGGAGGGCGAGGAUGAAGAAGGGGAGCAAUACCGGCUGCCACAACAGCAGCAGCAGCAACAACAACGCGAUCAACACUGUCCUCCGCUGCCGCCGCCGCACCAUCACAGGUGUGAUGCGCUAGAGGCAGAGAUGGACGGCUUGCCCAUGCUGCCCAUCAUGCGCGAGGAGGCGUGCACCCCUACCACGCUGAACUACUAG